AUGGCUUCUUCAAACCCUUCCUGGUCGCUUCUGCCUUUUGACUUGGUAGAAAAUAUACUUUACAAGGUUCCGGUCGAAUCUUUGGUACGAUUCAAGUCCACAUGCAAGCAAUGGUGUGCUCUUUUAAAUGACAAGAGAUUCAUCUACAAACAUUUGGAUCUCUCCCGGGAAGGACUCAUCCGAGUCCAUGAUCGUAAGUCGUGUCAAUUCAUCAAUCUUGAGACCUUAUCCCUUUCAAGUCUACAAGGUCCAUCUUAUAUUUAUUCAAUGACUCAUUGCGACGGAUUAUUGCUAUGUGAAUUUAAAUCUGAUGAUAAAGAUAGAAAGUUCGCAGUUUGGAAUCCGUUUUUGAGUCGAGUCAAGUGGAUCAAACCCUCGAGUUCUUACAGCGAGUAUUGGGAUAUAUGCGGUUUUGGAUACGACAAUGUAUCUCGAGACAACUACAAGAUCUUGAGGUUUUGUAAAAUGUCAGGAUGUGAAGAGGUUGAGAUAUAUGAUUUCAAAACUCAACUCUGGAGAAGUGUUGAUUACUCUUGUGCGUAUUAUUGGUGUCCAUCGUGUGACAAAGCUGUGUCUAUGGAUGGAAACAUGUAUUGGUUUUCUGAUAGAAAGAAUACUGAUAAAUCCAUACCUGACUUCUUCAUCCAGUGUUUUGAUUUCUCCAAAGAGAUAUUCGAAGAAACAUGUUGUCUUCCCUUUGUAAAUCGUGAUGAUGAUUGGCUUUUAUCAGGUUCCAGAGGAGAUAGUCUUUCUUUGUUAUCAAAAGAUAAAUAUGGGAAGAUUCAGUUGUGGGUAACAAACAAUCUGACUGAUGAGAUUGCCUCGUGGAGCAAGUAUUUUAAUGUGACUCCCCCAUUUCUCACGAUAAUAUUCCAUGGGUAUUUCAAUACGACGUUCUUCAUCCACAAGACCAAUAGGAUCAUGUUAUGGUGCGAGGAAGAAGAUGUCCAAAAUAAAGAUAUAUACGUCAACGUUUACGAAAUAGGUGAGGGUGUGGUCGAGAAACAAGUUGAGACAUGA